AUGGCUACGUUAAUUCAGUCAUAUGAGCAGCAGUACUCGGUGCUUACAGCAGAUAUUACAUCCAAGAUAGGUCGAUUAAAAUCGGCCAGUGAAGAUGAACGUGAAAAUUUAUCCAGAGAAAUACAAUCAAAUUUUGACGAAGCCAAUGAUUUGUUGGAACAGUUAGAAUUGGAGUACAGAGGAGCAGGGGCUGGAUCUCGAGUGGCAGCAUAUAGAGUAGAAUUGCAAAGAGUAAGAGAAGAAUACCGCUCUGUUGCUAGCAAUUCUGCUACUUAUAAUAUAGACCCAGAUGAAUAUGAAGAUUGGUCUAUGGUAAAUGACCAGCGACGCAAAUUACUGGACAACACCGAGCACUUGGAAAGGACUGGGAAAAACCUCAAUGAGGGUUACCGAGUUGUAUUGGAAACUGAGCAGAUUGGGGCUGCUGUGCUGCAGGACUUGAGUGCUCAGAGGGAAACUAUUCAGAGGUCGAGAGGGCGGCUGCGCGAGACGGACGAGCAGCUGUCGCGGUCGUCGCGGCUGCUGAACACGCUGGUGGUGCGCGCGCUGCAGGAGCGCGCCGUGCUCGCGCUCGUGCUGCUGGCGCUCGCCGCGCUCGCCGCCGCCGCGCUCUACGCCUACACC